AUGAUGGGGGUUUUUAAUAAAUAUGUAUGGGUUUGGUCAUUGUUGAUUUGUCUUUCAAAAAUCACGGCAUACCAUAAAAUAUAUCCCCAUCAUCCACUUCAUCUGCAGCGUACUAUCGACGAAGGCGAUGUUGAUCCACAUAUAUACAGAACUGGCUACCAUUUUCAGCCAAAAAAAAAUUGGAUCAAUGAUCCAAAUGCGCCAAUGUAUUACAAAGGAUUCUACCAUCUUUUCUACCAAUACAAUCCUAAAGGUGCUGUAUGGGGUAACAUUGUGUGGGCACAUUCGGUUUCAAAAGAUAUGGUCAAUUGGGUUCAUCUAGAACCCGCAAUAGAACCAUCCGAGCCGUUCGACAAAUAUGGGUGUUGGUCGGGUUCUGCUACGGUCUAUCCCGGCGACAAACCCGUGCUUUACUAUACAGGAAUAAUAAAAGAAAAACCCGCACCUGGUUAUCAAGUCCAAGCCUAUGCCAUCCCCGCCAAUCACUCGGACCCCUACUUGCGAAAAUGGAUCAAACCCGCUGACAACCCGAUCAUCAAACCAACAAGCGAAAACGUUUCGGCUUUCCGUGACCCCACAACCGCUUGGUACAAUAACGGUCAUUGGAAAUUUGUCGUCGGUAGCCGACACAACCAUCGUGGGAUAGCGUAUUUGUACCGAAGCCGGGAUUUGAUCACGUGGGUAAAAGCGAAACACCCGUUUCACUCCAAAAAAGAUACGGGUAUGUGGGAAUGCCCUGAUUUUUACCCGGUAUCGUCUAGAGGAACACACGGAUUAGACACGUCAGCAUUGGGGAAUCACGUUAAAUACGUAUUCAAGAAUAGUCUUGAAGUAACUAGGUAUGAAUAUUACACGCUCGGAAGGUACGAUCUUGUGAAAGACCGAUAUAUCCCGGACAACUCAUCGGUUGAUGGUUGGGGUGGCUUACGAUACGAUUAUGGCAACUUUUAUGCUUCUAAGUCAUUCUAUGAUCCGAUUCAGAAAAGGAGGAUCGUGUGGGGUUGGGCUAACGAGUCAAGCACUAGCGAAGAAGAUAUCGCAAAAGGAUGGGCCGGAAUUCAGUUGAUUCCACGUAAGGUUUGGUUGGAUCAUAGUGGAAAGCAAUUGCUUCAGUGGCCAAUUUGUGAAUUGGAAAAACUUAGGUGCCAAAAAACGCAAUUACAUAACGUGAAGGUCCACAAAGGCGAAAUCAUCGAAAUCAAAGAAAUUACUGCAGUUCAGGCGGAUAUUGAUGUGAUAUUUAGUUUUUCGAGUUUGGAUAAAGCCGAGUGGUAUGAAGAAGAAUGGGGGGAGUUCCCACAACAUGAUCUUGGUAAAAGUAUUUGCGGAGUCAGGGGUGCAACCGUACAAGGUGGGCUCGGACCAUUUGGGUUCUUGACCCUCGCUUCACACAAGCUUGAAGAAUACACUCCGGUUUUCUUCAGAAUUUUCAAGAUUGCUGACAAUAAACAUAAAGUUCUCUUAUGUUCUGAUGCUACACCAUCGUCAUUGAACGAGAAGGAGUACAAGCCAUCCUUUGGAGGGUUUGUGGACGUUGAUUUAACAGAAAAGAAGCUUUCGCUUAGAAGUCUGAUUGACCAUUCAGUGGUAGAAAGCUUCGCAGAGGGCGGAAAGACAGCGAUCACGUCGAGAGUUUAUCCGACACUGGCAGUAUCGAAGAAUGUGCAUUUGCAUGUGUUUAACAAUGGCUUGGAGACGAUCACGAUUAAGAGAUUGAACGCUUGGUCGAUGAACACGGCUUAUAUGAACUAG